AUAUGUUCCGCCCUGCUGCACGCGAGGUCGUCAAGCUUCCCGUUCGAUAUUUCUCCUGUAAAUCAGAACCAACAAGAGCGGCACCGGUCACGAAAAAGACAUCCCGAGAAGAAAUCGCCGGUUUAAUUCCAGCUUUUCCAGAAAUCUACCCAGACUUUCUCCAAUCCCCUGUCUGGAAUCGUCGGAAUGCGCUGAAAGAGGAACUUGAGCGGCAAGAUAUGCUGGAGAGACGAAUGAAUAUCGAUAUUCCAGAGUUUUAUGUUGGCUCAAUUGUUGCCGUCACGUCUUCUGACAAAAAUCUGGGAUCCAAAGAACAUCGAUUUGUUGGAAUUUGUAUUCGUCGCGAAAAAGAAGGACUUCUCCAUCAAUUUACGCUUAGAAAUACUAUCGAAAAUAUUGGAGUGGAAGUUGUCUACGAUCUUUACAAUCCAACAAUCAAGAAAAUUGAAACUCUGAAACUGGAAAAACGUCUUGAUAACGAUUUGAGCUAUUUGGUUGAUGCUCUUCCAGAAUAUUCCACUUUUGAUUUUCAUAUGGAACCACAGGCACAUCCAGCAGGAACCCCUAUUCCAGUUAAUGAGUGUAAAGUAAAACUAAAGACUCCACCAUGGACACGUCGCUGGGAAGUUGCAAGUGUACGUGGAAUUGAAGACACGUGGACUCAAGCGACUCCGUGGUUCAAACGAAAGCUUCAUAAGACGAUUGUCAAUGAUUAUGAGAAAUAUGAUCUCAUUGCUGACUACAGAACAUCAUCUACAAAAGAACAGGAGGUGUUUGUACAGAAACAAAUGCAAAAGUUCGAGAAGGAACGCCACGCUGCCGGUUUGACUCGUCGACGAAUUCUAAAAAGUGCAGCAGCUUAUAAAUAAUUAUUUUUGUUAUAACUAAAUGAUGUUUUUUUUAGGAUUAGUAAGUUGCUUGUUCCUCCAGUUUCGAUAAAUCUUGUUUUUUCUAUAUUGUAAUUUGUUUCAAGAAUAAAAAAUCGAUAAAAUUUAUCGAAUC